AUGUAUCAACACCUUCGUAUCGCUAUGGAACAAGCUCAACAACGGUUACAAUACAAGCAAGAACAAGAAAAUAUUCGUCGUCGUCGUUGUCAAAAUACACUUGAAGAAAAACUAUCAACAGUGGUUGACGAGCCCGUAACAACAUACGAUAAUCAAAUGGAGAAAGAAUCAAACAUUCAUGUUGAGGUGAUGCAUCAAAUGUCAACGGAUCCUGAUGAAACAUCAGAUAUCAAUGAUGAUUUCAAUCUUCUUCCAUUCCACGAGGAUACACUUGAAUUUCAGUCCGGAAUUAAUUCUCAUUGUGAAAUACUGAAUGAUAAUCAAGAUGAACCGCUCUUAUUAAAUGAUUUAUUUUCACCGAACACGAAUCAAAAUAUUUAUUUUCUUCAUUCGCAUAUCACCAUGAAAACACACGAUUUUUGUAAAAAAUUGGUUGAAAUUUUCAGAGAUGCUAAUAUUAGUAACAUCCAUCGUUCUCGUAUUCUCAGAUUAAUUAAUAGUAUUCUUCCACAACCUCAUAAUUCACCAGCAACAUUAAAAGAUCUAUAUGAUUCAAUGCAAGGUAAGGGAGCAUUUCAGAAUGUAUGUCGUUCGCCCGGCAGCUCGACCGCUAUGUCGCGGCAUAACUGA